AUGGAAAGAAUGAAACUAUGGUACCUGCACAACCUCCUUAUUCGAAAAGCCACUCCCGAGACCAACAUGGAACACAUUGUUGAAAAAAUUAGGAGUAUGGAGGAGUAUUGUUGUGAUUGCUAUGACGAAAAAAUUGAUCUGAGUAGUGCAAAGUUUGUAGAGAUGUUGGUAGUUGAUGGUUUCUUUAUUAUUGAACUCUUCCGCAAAAUGAUAGGAGACAUGCCCAGAGGCGUGGAUGAUCCUCUAUUCAAUAGGUCAGGGAUGUUGUCUAUAGUACAAAAUGACUUGCUUCUACUAGAAAACCAACUGCCUUGGAGAGUUCUUGACUGCUUAUUCCAUCAAGUACCUGGUGGAAAAUGCAAGUCCCUUUGGGAGCUUACUCAAAGGAUCCUUCCGAGUUGGAGAGGUUUAGAGUAUUUUGUUUCUCAUGUUCCAAAUACAUUGCAAAGCAGACAUUUACUCGACACUCUUAGAAUCCUUUCAGUUGAAUUUGAAUCGGACAAGAACGAGAAGGUUUGUCCAUUUCGGGUGCGGAUCCCUUCUGCGACAGAGCUUCUUCAAGUCGGAGUCAAAUUUAGACGUAAAAGAGGUUUCGACAGCAUACUCAACAUAACCUUGCUCGAUGGAGUGAUGGAGAUUGCACCAAUAACUUUGGACGCCGAAAAAUCUGUCUUCAGAAACCUCAUAGCCCUUGGAAGAGUAUGA